GGCUUGUUUCCUGUUUGCGGGAACAGCUGAGCCCCACCCCAUGCUCGCAUCGCGCGUGGCAUGCAUCACAGCCACAAAAGUUUUGCCAUUUGUUGGCGACUUUCCUCCCAAAUGAGAUAUUUCUCCUCAUCCGAUAUCCGGAACUCUACGAUCAACCUAGAGUGUUCUCUGAGAAAAGCCAUCAACCCAGAGCGGUAUUCAUCAACUUACUCUCCUCGUCUAUAUGAUCAACUGAUGACCUGCACCUCUACUCGUUUCACUCGUUUUUUCCUCGCUCUUUCCAUAUGCUAAUAGUUUGGAGUUAACAGAGCAUAUAGGAUUGGAAGACCCAUAUAAAUCCUUCUACAGAUACCAAGCUCCAAUGUUGCAGUAACUAAAUGCUACAACGGCCAUGAUUACCUGUUGUUCCCUCCAUCCGAACUCACUUCCCAAUGCUCUGCCACUUCCUUUUGGACUACAAAACUCUGGUUCUCCUCCUAUGUUAUCCAGCUUCUCGUAUUCAGGAUUCCCAUUCCAUACCAGAUUCUUUCCCAUCUUGAAACAUCUGAAACUAGAGGAGAGGGGAAACAAGACUAAUUGCCACCUUAAUGCCAUCCAAAACAGCCAAGCAUUGAAUGGAGCUCCGGGAGAAGUACUUGAUAAUGAUGAAGACGAUGCCGAGCUCUGUCCAGUUGAUUGUGUCAGAGAAUUCAAGACCGAGGAAGAAUUCCGGAGGAUACUGGACAAGGCAAAAGAGACCGGUUCGCUCGUUGUGGUGGAUUUCUAUCGCACAUCUUGCGGCAGCUGCAAGUACAUAGAACAAGGCUUCGCAAAAUUAUGCAAAGGUUCUGGUGAUCAAGAAGGUGAUGUAGUCUUCUUAAAGCAUAAUGUUAUUGAUGAAUAUGAUGAGCAAUCUGAGGUUGCAGAACAGCUACGCAUUAAGGAGAAGGGUGAAAGAGGGUGCUUGGCAUGUCAGAGAAAAGCAGAAGCAGCUGCAGUACCACUAUUUCACUUCUAUAAAGACGGGGUCCUGUUGGAAGCAUUUCCAACCAGAGAUAAGGAGAGAAUUGUGUCUGCCAUUCAAAAAUAUACAUCUCCUCUCUAAAUCACGGAGUUCCUUUUUCGAUACUGUGCAGAUCCUCAAAUCCUCUUGAUGACCUACCUGAAUGGACACUUGCUAUUGAGCUUUAAUGUUUUGCUAUCCUGAAGCCUCUUUAGCUGUACAUGAGAGGUUCUUAUCUCAUUGUUUGGAACUAUGAAGUUUUUCCUACUAGGCUAAAGAUUCAUACAAGUAGAGAGAAUCUUUCAGGCUUCAAUUAUUUAACUGUAAGCCGAUCCGCUCUCUUUUUUUAAUUACCAUGUUCUUCUAUGUUCUUGUAAAAGUUUGUCUCCUGUUAGUUAUUCUUAUACCUGUUUCUCUGGCACAUGACAAAUUAUAAAGUCUACUCAUAUUGAUAAUAAUACAAGAAAAUAUGUAUGUGCAGUGAGAAAAACUCGGACUAUGACUUAAUUCUUAGCAAUUUGACUAUACUGAAAAUUUAAAUAUGUUUGAUGCAGUAACUAGGAUAUCUUAGGAGUCUUGGCGUUAUUUUGUCUCAAGUCCAGAUAUGGUGAUUAUAAGCAUGUGUGUCUCUUUUUUUUUGUGUGUGUGUUUGUUGUACAAUUGGAAAAUUUCCGUAACCUAUAAGGUAUGCUUUCUUUCCUGGCAAAUAGGCUUCCAACUGUGUGGUUGGGCCCUUUCUUGCCUUCAGUUGCUUAUCAGGCUCAAUAUCAAUUGACGGAGUCAGACUAAGAACUUCUUCCAGUAACCUCUUAAGUUUAUGUAUCAUAUGAAAGUUUACCAAAUAGAUGGUAUAACACAUCCAAGUUAAUUAUUUGGUUCUAAUAAUACAAGAGCCCAUGUCCAGCUUGCAACAUUAGGUCGUAUCUCAUGCCUUGUGUCUUCUGUUACUUGUCAUAACCUUGGCCAUCAAGCCUCUAGCCAACUAUUUGGGGUCAGCAAAAGCUAUUUAUAUUACCAAUUCAUUUGCUUUCUAUUUUGCGUGUUCUCACACAUUAGAGUUCACUUGCUUUUUAAAUUAGACAUUCAGAUAUCUUCUCUGAGUUCUGAUGUACACUAAUCUGCACAUCAGUAACUCUACAUAUUUAUCACUUUGGAUUUUAUGUUAAGCACAUCCACGAGUUUUUAAUGAUUGCGGUUUGGUUUACCCAUACUAACAAGGACAUAAAAAAAGAAUCCUGUGAAAAGAGAUCUUAUAACAGUUACGAAGUGCAAUCUAAGUUAGUUCCUUUUUCUCUAUUUCUUUCUUCUAUAAAUUAUGCUUAAUUCUAUCAUGAAAACAUUGAUUGGUACUGAAACAUUAGGAGUUAGUGUUUGAAUGAAUUCACUAUCUCAGGUCAUGCAAUCACUAAUAUACAAUGCUACGACUCGGUAAGUAUGCAAGUUGCUAUGCAUGUAAGCAUAUGUUCGCAUACCUCAUAACUUUUAUUAAUGUAUAUACUUAAAGAUAAAAGAAGCUCGUCACAAAAAAGAGGUCUGCUUCUAUUCAAUGUAUCUCUAAUACUGCUCUCAAGCUUACUUUGGAUUGUUUGCCAAGAGCUUAUCACCUUACUGACAGAAGAGUGAGAAAAGGAAGUGCAAUCUACUAAAAGAAGGGAAAAUUUCUCAGAAGGUAGCACCUCAACUAAGGUAUGGAAAUGCUUGGGUUCUAGGUCCUGGGAAAAGCCUAAUUGCUUGAGAUGCAGUCUGAUUCACCAGUUCUGUUGGUGAAUUUGGUAAUAAAGUUUUAAUGCUAGAGACAUGAUAAUAUAAUCGAACUUGGAUGUCUGUGAAAGAAAUUGCAUGAAAUCACAAGCUAUGGACUGUUUGAAAAAUUCGCUAGAUUGGUAACAGGCAUUAUAUGUUGUAAAAUGAAGAAGUUGACCAUAUAGGCCAGCAUGUAAUGUGUUGAAAGGGAAAUAAUGUGACAUUAGAUAGAAGAGAAGACACAAAAAGUAUGGAUGUGGACACUUUUGAAGAGAAAUGACCUACCAAUUUGUGGAAAAGAAGAUGACUGACUUUUAAGAAACAUAAUGCAAAAGAGAGAUGAACUGCUUAUUCUAGAUACUUCACUGCAGUAAUUUAUCUGCUAUCUUGAGAUCAUGAUAUUGGUUUCAUGGAGUCCUAUGACAUUAUGGGGUUCAUUGAAACAAUGAAGUUAGUCUGCAAUUGUGUCCAAUCUGACAAGUCAGUGGAAAUGAAAAUUUUUGACAGCAGUUUGAUUGUUCAAGAUCGGUGCUGAAAUGAACUCCAUGAAGCAAAAGCAGGUAUAGAU